AUGAAAGCAAUAAUAACUGGUUCCCUUUGUUUAAUGAAAUUUUCUUUGUGUUAUAUUCUAUUAUUGGCAUAUCACAGUUCGGCUAAGUUAACGUACCGAGACGUAUCUAACAUAUUGUACAGCAGGGACUCCACAUCUGAUUUAGGAAUACAGGAGGCAUACACCAACAGCUAUGAAUCUUUAGCAGCAAGUAGUGAGUCUUUAGCAGCAAGUAGUGAGUCUCUAUCAGGAAGUAAUUUAUCCCUGAAUGACUUAUAUGGGAGCGCAGAAUCGUUAGCAUGUGAAGGAGAGCCACAUGACAAGACAUUCUUUGGGGAUGUCCUGAGCGGUGGAAUAUCUGCGGAUGAUAUAUCAAAAGAAGAUUUAUUUCGUGUAGAACAAGGAUACGAAGAAAUUCUAAAUGAUGUCUUAAAAAAUAAAUUCCAAAAAAAAAUAUCUAUUAGCGGAAAUAGUUUAUUCCAGGAUGAUCAGUCAUGGAGAGGGGACUUCAGAAGGAACUACUCAGAAACUAGUCUGGACAGAGACAUGGAAAGUUUUAAAAAUGAAAAAUCUAGAGAGGGAUUGAAUAUAGAUUCGGAAGAACCUAGAAGAUCUACGCAUGGAGUUAAUGCUCCGCAGGGAGAGGAGAAAUAUGUGAACUUGCAAGAACAUCUGGAGGGACAAAGGAACCACCAAAGGAAUAACGUAAAUAUAAAAUUAAGCAGAAAUUACGGACAAGCAGAUAUGUAUAAUGUGAGGAAAAAUAGCUUUUUUACAAAAUCAAUAUACUAUUUGUCGUUUGGCCCAACUGUUACAGUGUUACUUAUAAUCCUUAUUCAACUCUCUAAUCCCUGGAUUGGUUGGCCACUUUUGGUGUGUAGCACUGUUCUGCUAUCAGCUUUGACAUACGCGAUGCGUUCAAAUAAAACACAAUGCGAACGUAUAUUUCGAAAAUGGAGAAAAAAGCUGAAUAAAGUAAAAAAAGGAGGUUGGACAAUACGUAGAUUUCUUAACAAGGUAGACAAAUUCUUGUUUGACGUUUUGGAUGGCUUUUAA